AAUAUUUAGUCCCAUAGGAUAUAGUAAGGAUGUGUUUAAGCACUUUCUCAUACACUAGUUUCACAUUGUACAGCCUCUUUAACAUAUUUUCCAUUACAAAAUUGUCCAUAAUUAGGUCAAUGUUUGUGCAAUUUUGAUGAAAUUUUUUUCAGAAUGGAGAUUGGGAAUUUUUUCACUCUUUUUGGGGAAAAAUACAAACUUUUUGGCAUUGGGAAUAUAGCCGAAUAACGGCUAUAAAAACGGCCGAAAAAAACAACAUAAAAAACCCCCCUGGUAUUAUAGCAUGACUUUUUUCUUCAGAUGUAUAUGCUGACAUAGACAGCAAUGAAGAAGAAAUGACAUCAGAGGAAGGAUCAGACUAUGACACAGAUUCCAAUUCAGAAGAAUCAGAAACAGACAGCAAUGUGGACCAGAAUGAGAAACCACAAACAAAAGGGAAAAGAGGACGCCCCAUUGGAUACAGAAAGAGAAAAGAGGAUGAUUUCGUGAAAAGGCAAAAAAGAGACCAGAGACAGUUAAUGCCGACAAUGAAGAUCAGAGUGUGGAUGUGCUGUGCUCAACUCUGUACCACAUUGUUGUCAGGUGAUAUCAUCAACAGUGCAAGAGAGCGGUUUCAAAACCUUAGGAUAAUCCAGCGAGGGCAGUACAUUCUUGACUGGAUCAAGGCACAUACCGCGUAUGACAAAGACACUGGAAAAAUGACAACAGCUUUUCUUGUUGGUAACAUAAAUGUCUGUAAGAAAGCAUUUCUGGUGAUAUUGGGUUUUCCGGCAAGCACAUACUACGAAAUCCGAAGGAAGUACAUGGGUAAGGAAAUUUAACAGUGAUCUUAUUACAUGCAUUUCUGUAAAUGCAGUUUCUUGCUUCACUAUUAUCUAGUAAUAAUGAGUUUUCUUGAACUUCAUAGCAAAUUUUCAAAAUUCAGUCAUUUUUAACCUGGGUAUUUUUAAUUCAUCAACAUAAACUGUAUCUAUAAAGCAUUCUAACAUGGCUUGAAAUGAUUUCCAGUUAAAGAAAGAAACAAGAGGACCAUGAUGGUCCUGAAUCGCUCACCUCUUCCCACAUGACCCAGUUUUGAGUAUGAUGUCGUUUUUUCUAUUAUUUGACAUAGUGACCUAG